CUCAGCGCCAUUCGCUUAUUGCUCAAAGACCACACCGAAGUCUGCCACCAUGCCGCCGAAGGGAAAGAAGACCGAAGAGCCCACCCGCACGUACCUGGGUCGCCCCGGUAACAACGUCAAGAUCGGCAUCGUUGGUGUUCCCAACGUGGGCAAGAGCACGUUCUUCAACUGCCUGUCGAAGCUGCACAUUCCGGCCGAGAACUUCCCCUUCUGUACCAUCGACCCCAACGACGCUGUGGUGCCGCUGCCCGACCAGCGCUUCAACUGGCUCGUUGAGAAGUACCAGCCCGCUAGCGUCGUGCCCCCCGUCAUCUCCAUCACGGAUAUUGCCGGUCUGGUGCGCGGUGCCGCCGAAGGCGCUGGUCUGGGCAAUGCCUUCUUAUCGCACAUCCAGGCCGUGGACGCCAUCUACCACAUGGUGCGCGCCUUCGACUCGACUGAGGUGACCCACGUGGAGGGCAACGUGGACCCUGUGCGUGACAUGAAGAUCAUCCAGGAGGAGCUGCGUCUUAAGGACAUUGAGCGCGUCAAGAAGGAGUCGGUCGGUGUCAAGAAGCUCGCGGAGCGCGGUGUCGGCGGCAAGGAGAAGAAGCUGGAGUACGAGGCGUUAUGCAAGAUCCAGGAGUGGCUCGAGUCCGGCAAGGACGUGUCUUUCGGUACGUGGACGGCCCAGGAGGUCGAGAUCCUCAACACGAUGCAGCUGCUGACCGCCAAGCCCGUUGUCUACCUCAUCAACGUGAGCAAGCGCGACUACCUGCGCAAGGGCAACAAGUACCUGCCCAAGAUCGCCGAGUACAUUAAGGAGCGCGGCGGCAACGAGCCUGUGAUCCCGCUGAGCUGCGAGUUUGAGCUCGAAUUGCUCGACCUCGAGGCUGCUGGCCAGCUGGAGACGUACUACAAGGAGAACCCGACGCACAAGUCGAUUCUGAACCGCGUGCUCCGCAUGGGUUACCACGCUCUUGGCCUGAUCCACUUCUUCACGGCUGGCAAGGACGAGGUGCGUGGCUGGACCAUUCGCAAGGGACGACUGGCACCGCAGGCUGCCGGUGUCAUCCACACGGACUUCGAGAAGGGCUUCAUUAUGGCGGAAGUCCAGUCGUUCGCCGACCUCAAAGAGCGUAAGUUUGGACGCCCUUCCUACUCGUGUUGCUGCUUAUUAGUUGAUCUGACGUCGGAUGUGUUUAAUACUCUUCAGUGGGCUCGGAAGAGGCUGUCAAGAAGGCGGGCAAGCUCAAGCAACAGGGCAAGAAGUACGAGGUCCAGGACGGCGACAUUAUUUUCUUCAAGUUCAACAACUAAGUGGAUCAACUGCCCGUGGUGUUGAGUAAGUCAAGCAACUGUGGUGCUGAGGCCCUCCCCUCCUCCUAUGAGUGGAUUGUAGUUUUUGAGAGCCUGUUGCAGAUGAUGUCUACGCGUCUAGAGCAUGUGGACUUGACGGGCGCGGUUGCAGAGCAUUCCGCACUGAAAAUAAAGCAUGCGCUUUGAUCUCAAA